AGGGCAAAGUACAGAGAUGUGCAAUUAUUCAUGCCAUGAAUUUCAUCUCAAGCAAGUGAGAGAGAGAGAAAAAAAAAAUCCAAACCCCACCCAAAACCAAAAAAUAAAGUAGUAGUAUAAUAUAAACAUCAUUUGCUACAACAUUUUUAGGUGACUGAUUCCCACUCUCUCAUUGUAAAAGAAAAGACCCUCUCCUUUCUCUCUCUCUUUUCAUUUCUCUUUUCUUUCACUUUCUCUCUAUAUUUUAUCUUUCUUCUCUCUCUCUCUCUAUGAGACACCUAUAGAGAUUAGAGAAGGGAGGGAGAGCUAGAAGAGAGAGCCAUGAAAAACACCAUAAGAUGCUGCAUCUCUUGCAUUCUACCAUGUGGAGCUUUGGACGUAAUUCGCAUAGUACACUCCAAUGGUCGUGUGGAAGAGAUCAGUGGCACAAUCCGAGCUAGUGAGAUCAUGAAAGCUCACCCUAAACAUGUUCUAAAGAAACCCUCUUCUUCUUCUAACGAGGGUUGUGUCCCAAAGAUUGUGAUAGUCCCUCCUGAUGCAGAGCUUCAACGUGGAAAGAUAUACUUCCUCAUGCCCGUACCGGAAAAAACUCGAUCAAAAUCAUCAUCAACAUCAUCAACCAAAAAGAAAAGAAGGUCAUCAACGACCACAGAGGCCGAGAAUAAUAACAAUGCCAACAACGCUGUUUCAAUGACAAAACUAUUGAUAUCUGAUCAGUACUUGAGUGAAAUCCUCUCAGAGAAGCUUUCCACACAAAGGGAUCGUAGAAGAGGCCGCGUUGGUGUGUGGAGGCCUAACUUAGAGAGCAUCUGUGAGUCACCAAGUGAUGUUUAACGCUGAGCCGGUCGGUUUUUAUUUUUCUUGUCAUUCAUUUUAUGGUUCAAAAUUUGCUAUUUUUUUUUUCACUCUUUUUUUUAUGUUGUACAUAUAGGCAUAGGGUAAAAAAAAAAUAAUGCAAUAGUUUUGUCAUGGUUUGGAAAUUGUGAUGAAGAUAUGAACAGUUUUGGUAGGAUCUGUCAUAAUGAGGUUACGGUUACACGAAUUUGGAUUUGUUUUGAGCUUCAUAUGAGUGUUGAUUAAACGAGGGAUAAAUUCAACGCUGAAAGUUUUGUGAUGUUGCUGAGGAAGAGAUUGAGAGUGAGAGAGAGAAAGAAGGGGUACAAAGCCUUGUGGGUUUGUCUUGCUUUCUAGUUGGAAGUGUCAUCUAGGACAAAAAAAAAUGUUAUUGAGAGGGAUCCCACUUCUACUGUUCAGUAUUUCAUUAUAUGAAUAAAAAUUGGACGUGAUUGUGUUAUUA